AUGGUUUCUUCUAAUAAUACAAAUGAUACAAUAGCAUAUAGCUUUAACACAAAUACUGGAAAUUGGUCUAAUAUAACGACUUCGGAUGUUUUAAAUCAAAGACGCAUAGGGUCAUCCUUAUCUUAUGAUCCUGAAUCCGGAAUUAUUUAUAUUUUUGGUGGACAAUCAUCUAUUUUUGAUUUAUCCGAAUGGUUUGAUGAAAUGAUAGUUUUUGAUUCUAUUCAUUUUUCAUGGUCAUAUAAGCCAUUUAAUUAUGGUCCUUCAAAAAUAUCUGGACAUACUGCUACUUUAUUAAAAACUGGCAUAAUAGUAUUUAUCGGCGGUUGGGAGCUGAAUAACACUUCUAGCACUCCCACGUUAGCGAAUAUGAGUAAAAUUAUUAUUUAUGGCGGUUCCAAUGGUACAGAUAAUAGCAGAGUUUUACCUGACCUUGCCGUCCUUAAUGUUUCAUCGACUCAAUUUCAAUGGUCAACACCUAAUAUCACUCCAUUAUCCAGUACACCACCAUCUCUUGUGGCUCAUACUGCGGUAAUGGUAGAUGAUUAUAUGAUCUUGUUAUUUGAUAAUUCUUCCCAUAUCAGCUUGCCAAUGCUUAUUGGUAUGAUCAUUGGAUCUUUUGCUUUAGCAUUCAUUAUAGGAUAUUCUGCAUUGAGUUGUUAUCGAAAACAUAAAAUUAAACAUACUUCAUUAAUUACUAAAACUCAUGAUGGCAAAACUCGAGAAGUUUUACGUUAUUCUGAUAACAACAAUCCAACUAAACUUGAGGGAUACCACUGUAAUUAUUUUGAUAAUGUAUCUUCUCAAAAUUCUUCCGAGACACCUGCGACUACAUUUCAUUAUAUUCAACCACUGGUAUUUCAACAACUGCAACAAUAUGAUAUGACGUCGGCAGAUAGUGCUCCAUAUAAUCAUUACCCAGAAAAUGAGGGUAACGUGCCUGUAAUUAAUUACGCGCAACAUGAUGUUCAACCACAAUACGUUGAAUAUGAUAUGACACAUAAUAAUUAUCCUAAUCCUACUUAG